AUGAGAGGCAAGGAGACUCCCAAGGGAGCUCCGUCAGCAGAUCUGCUAGUAUGCUUCCCCUCGCGGGCGCACCUGACGUUGAUGCAGAAGUCCAUCUGCAGCCCGGCGAGGCCGCCUUCGGAGACGAGCAAGUCCCACCGCCGCCGUCACCAGAGCCAACAACUCAAGAGGCCGAGCACGAGGCUCGGCCAAGCGAGCCCUCUGUUAUGGGCCAAGAACAAGCAGAUGGGGCCCGAGAUCGAGGAGCCGACGUCGCCGAAGGUGACCUGCGCCGGGCAGAUCAAGGUCCGGCCCAAGGCCGCCGCGGCCACGGCGUGCAAGAGCUGGCAGUCCGUGAUGGAAGAGAUUGAGAGGAUUCACAACAGCAGGAACAAGGUACACAAGAAGAGGCCGGGGUGGAUGGAGUCUCUAGGGCUCAAGAAAGAGAUCAUGCAGUUCUUGACGUGCCUGAGGAGCAUGAGGUUCGACCUCAGGUGCUUUUGGCACUUUCCCUGA